AUGCAUCAAACAGACGACAUGGAGGUACCUAUUCUUAUUAAUUUUAACAAUAACACCAACAAACUGAAGUACCUGGCGCAAGGGAGAGGUGUGUUCAAGGAUCAGCAAAAGGAUUCGGAGGGAUCCAUGGAAUCCCCCAACCUGGAGUUUGAGUAUGGAGAUACUGACAGCCUGACAGCAGAGCUCUCAGAGUUGUACAGUUAUACAGAAGAGAAAGAGUUUGGUCUGAAUAGGGACUACUUUGAGGAGGACUUCAGGAGUCAUGUGAAGGACAGGAAAUGGAUGGAGUUGAGUCUGGAGGAGCAGAAGGCCUACGUUAUGAAGCUUUUGGAUGCUCUGGAGGUCACAGACCGUGACAAGAGACUAAAGGUCGCCAGGACCAUUCUAUACUUGGCUCAGGGUGUAUUUGAUGAGUGUGACACAGAAGCAGAUGUUCUUCACUGGUCACGUCACAAUGUCUUCCUUCUCUAUGAGAUGGGCAUUUUCACCGCUUUACUGGAGCUCCUCAGCAUGGAGAUUGACAAUAGCCAAGCCUGUAGCAGUGCGGUGAGGAAACCUGCCAUAUCAUUGGCUGAUAGCACCGAGCUCAGGGUUUUGCUGAGUAUCAUGUAUCUGAUGGUGGAGAUUAUCCGUGUAGAGAUGGAAGAUGACAAACCUGAGUGGAAGGAAGCAAGAGAGGCCUUUAAAACAGACCUGGGUUCACCUUUGUACAAUGGUGAACCCUUUGCCCUGCUGCUCUUCAGUAUGGUCACCAAGUUUUGCAGCAUGAAUGCACCACACUUCCCCAUGAAGAAGGUCCUACUGCUGCUCUGGAAGACAGUCCUGUUUACUCUGGGGGGGUUUGAGGAGCUGCAGCAGAUGAAGGUUGGUAGGAGAGAGAAGUUAAAUCUGCCGCCCCUGCCUGAGGACAGUAUAAAGGUUGUGAGAAGUAUGAGAGCAGCUUCACCUCCAGCAUCAGCCAUGGAGCUCAUAGAACAACAACAGCAACAGAAGAGAGGACGCCGCAGCCGCCGGAGUGCCUAUGUUGAUAGUUUGGAAGGAGACAGUCCCUUUCCCAAGAAACAGCCCUUAGUUAAGCAGGACAGUUUGGACACAUAUAAUGAGCGUGAUCCCUUUAAGAAUGAUGAUGCUCGUGAUGAGGAGGAGGAUGGUGAAGACCCUGACAGUGGCAUCGAGGGCGAAGUCGACCCCCUCGACCGUGAUGUCAUCAUCCAGCCCCCACCACCGCCCCCUCCACUGCGUCCCCCUACAGAGAGAGUAUCAUUCCCUAAAGGUCUCCCCUGGGCCCCCAAAGUGAGAGAAAAAGACAUUGAGCAUUUCUUGGAGACCAGCCGGAACAAGUUCAUCGGUUUCACUCUUGGAAAUGAUACUGAGACACUGGUUGGGCUGCCUAGACCCAUUCACGAGAGUGUGAAGACCCUCAAACAGCACAAAUAUGUGUCCAUAGCUGAGGUACAGAUCAAAAGAGAGGAGGAGCUUCAGCAGUGCCCUAUGACUAUGGGGGAGGAGGAAGUAGAGGAGACACCAGCCGAGAUAUUAUAUGUAGGGAUGCUUCCCAGUCUCUCCCAGUAUGUGAUUGCCCUGUUGAAACUGCUGCUAGCAGCAGCUCCCACCUCUAAAGCUAAGACAGACUCCAUCAAUAUCCUGGCUGAUGUUCUGCCCGAGGAGAUGCCAAUCACAGUCCUCCAGAGCAUGAAGUUGGGAAUUGAUGUGAACCGACACAAAGAAAUAAUGGUGAAGGCCAUCUCUGCUCUGCUGCUGCUGCUGCUCAAACACUUUAAACUCAACCACAUUUACCAGUUUGAAUAUGUUGCCCAGCACCUGGUCUUUGCCAAUUGCAUUCCACUCAUCCUCAAGUUUUUUAACCAGAACAUCAUGUCUUACAUCAGUGCCAAAAACAGUAUAUGUGUGUUAGACUUCCCUCACUGUGUGGUCCACGAGAUGCCUGAACUCACAGCGGAGAGCCUAGAAGCUGGAGACAGUAAUCAAUUCUGCUGGCGGAACCUGUUCUCCUGUAUCAACCUGUUGAGAAUACUCAAUAAACUCACCAAGUGGAAGCACUCCAGGACCAUGAUGCUGGUGGUGUUCAAGUCUGCUCCUAUCCUGAAGAGGGCGCUCAAGGUCAAACAGGCCAUGAUGCAGCUGUAUGUGCUGAAACUCCUGAAGAUCCAAACAAAGUACCUGGGUCGCCAGUGGAGAAAGAGCAACAUGAAGACUAUGUCAGCCAUCUACCAGAAAGUACGUCAUCGACUCAAUGACGACUGGGCUUAUGGAAAUGAUAUUGACGCACGGCCGUGGGACUUUCAGGCAGAGGAGUGUGCACUUCGAGAGAGCAUUGAGAAAUUCAACACGCGGCGUUAUGACAAAAACCAGAACAACGAGUUUGCCCCUGUAGACAACUGCUUGCAAAGUGUUCUAGGACAGCGUGUGGAAUUGCCAGAGGACUUCCACUACAGUUAUGAGAUGUGGUUGGAGAGGGAGGUAUUCUCCCAACCUAUCCAAUGGGAAGGAUUGCUGCAGGCUCAGUGACCAAUCACAGAGCAGAUCUACUUAGAGACUAGAUGCUUUUUAAAUGAGAAAAAUGACUAUAUGUUCCUAAAAAAUGAACUGCCACAGGUGUGAGUUUGGGCUCACAAUCAACAACCCCUGCUACACACACAUUCUCACACUCAUUCACACACAGACGCACACAUGCCCACACACAGACACACAUUCAUAUGUGAUCAUUAAGAUUUGUAAAUAAAGCUAGAUGUAUAUACAGUCCAUAGAUUUGAUUUUGGACUUUGAAUAACAUUGAUUA